AUGUACAUUUCUAUUGUGUAUGCUAAAUUUACUAUCAAUGAGAGGGAAGAGUUAUGGGAUGAAAUGAGAAAUUUUGUUGUUUCAGGUGCAGUUCCAUGGGCAGUUUGUGGAGACUUUAAUACUAGCACAACUGAAGAGGAGAAGAAAGGAGGAAAUCAUUUUAACAUAAGGGAAAGAUACAUUGGAAACAACUUCACUUGGUGUAAUAAUGAUAAAAAGAAGUAUAAUAAGAUUUGGAAGAGGUUGGAUAGACUCUUGAUAAACAAUGAAUGGGAGGAGUUGUUCUCUACAUCAAAUGGAUUCAAAGAUAUAGUCAAACAGACUUGGAAUACACAUAUAGAAGGAAGUGCGUGCUGGAAAGUUCAACAAAAGCUUAAAGCAGUUAGCAAAGCUUUAAGCCAAUGGUCUAAGGCUGUUAUUGAAAAUAUUUUUAAUAUGGCAAAGAACAUGGAAAGCAAGAUUGAUGAGAAAGAACAAAAGCUUCAGAUAGAUGACAAUGAUACAGAUAGGAUUGAGAUUAACAAGCUCAAGGCGGAAUAUAUUAUACACAUGAAGAAGGUGAAUUCUUUCUGGAGAUAA